AUGGAGGCUGCUGUGCUGAAGCCCCUCGUGGCCGAGGUGAAGCCGGGCGCCGUGAGCGCCGAGCUGGAGGUGAAGAAGCUGCAGGAGCUGGUGCGCAAGCUGGAGAAGCAGAACGAGCAGCUGCGCAACCGGGCGGCCGUCGCCUCGCCCGCCUCGCCGGGAAGCGCCGCCAGCGCGCUCCUGCUGCUCCCCGCCGCCUCCGCCGCCGUCCAGGCGCCCGCCUCGACCCCCAGCACCUCCCCGACGGCCUGCAUGCCCAGCCCGGUGCCCACUCUCCUGUGCCAAGCCGAGCCCUUCGUCUACUUCAAGCCGUCGCCCCCCGGAGGAGGAGAAGGAGGAAGCUGCCGCUCCGGAGGCCAGGAAGCCCCUGGGGUGGCCCCCCCUACGGACACCGUCCUGGAUGAAGUGGAGGUGCUGGAUCUGCAGGGGGUCGAGUGCUGCGAUCCGGAGGGCGGCGACGACGACGAGACGUGGUUGUAUGUUGCACCAACAAAGAGCAUCGUACCCCAAGAAAAAUCACUGACCCCUUUGCAGUGGUGUCGCCAUGUUCUAGAUAAUCCAAGCCCUGAGAUGGAAGCUGCAAAACGCUCUCUGUGCUUCAGGUUGGAACAAGCUAGUCGAUGGCGGAGUCUCUUCUCUACAUCUGUCUCCUUGGCUUUCCCCUAUAGCCCUGUUGCAAGGCUCACUCCAUAUAGCAAUGGCUUUAACACUCCUGCCUUCUCUAAAACCUUCAAUAAAGCAAUAUUAACACCUGAAAGAACAGGUUGUGUUUCUAGAAGUUCCCCUCUCAGCCCCCAGUCAUCGUCAUCCAUAGACAGUGAACUGAGCACCUCAGAACUAGAAGACGAUUCCAUCUCCAUGGGAUAUAAACUGCAAGACCUCACAGACGUCCAGAUCAUGGCUCGACUGCAAGAAGAGAGUCUGAGACAAGAUUAUGCAUCUACUUCAGCAUCUGUAUCGAGAAACAGCUCCAGCGUCUCUCUCCAUUCGAGCAAGAAAGGGACAAGCAGCGACCAGGAAUUUGAUCGCUACAGCCUUGAGGACGAAGAGGAAGAAUUCGACCACCUGCCCCCUCCACAGCCUCGGUUGACCCGCUGCUCUCCUUUCCAAAGAGGAAUUCCCCAUUCACAGACUUUUUCCAGUAUACGGGACUGCAGAAGAAGCCCAACUUCCCCAUAUUUCCCCUCAAACAAUUAUCCGCAGCAACAGUGUUACUCUCCUCAAGCCCAAAAUCCUCUUGAGCCACAACCAAACAGGAUUAAUGGAGACAAGCUCCGAAGGAGCAUGCCGAACCUGGCUCGGAUGCCCAGCACCCCAACCCUCAGUACCAGUGCUGCCCCUCCCAUCACUGUGAGGAACAGCCUAAGCUUUGAUUCUAAUCUGCAUGGAGCUGGUAACGGGAUAUCAAGAAUACAGUCCUGCAUUCCUUCUCCAGGGCAACUUCAACACAGAGUUCACAGUGUGGGACACUUUCCAAUAUCGGUUCGGCAGCCUCUCAAAGCCACAGCCUAUGUCAGCCCAACCGUUCAAGGGAGCAGCAGCAGCAGCAGCAGCGGUGUUGGUGGUGGUGGUGUACCAUUGUCCGGCAACUUACAGCUACACUCCAACACAGGCAUCCCGAUGCCAAACAAGACUGCAAAUGCCAGCAUUGCAGCUCGCAGUGGCCUCCCAAGGCCUUCCCUGGCUAUAGGGGGGAGCAGCAUACCCAGAAGCAAAAUUGCACAGCCAAUCCGAAGUUUUCUCCAGCCGCCAAAACCUCUUUCUUCGCUUAGUACUCUACGGGACGGCAACUGGAGGGAUGGCUGCUAUUGACAAUGGGUCGACCCAAAAUACAGAUUCUCCUACCCAGCUGGCUGGGUAAAUAUAACUGUGAGAGGUUGGAUGAAUAACACAGGGCUGUUUCUUACUCUUCUGUCAUUGCCGUUGGUCACUAAACAUAUUACACUUAGUUGUUUGCUCAGAAAAACAAACAAACAGCAGUGUUGUCAAAUUAAUGUUAACGUUGCAGCAUUAUGGUUUAGGUUUUUAAAAACACAUGCACAAAGUAUCCCACUGAGGGGAGCCAAAAUGUGACUUCUAGAUGCUUUGCCAUAACACAGUGUUCAGAUCUCUUUGAUUUGUGUACUACUUUUUGUUGCUUUAACGAGUUCCCUUGCAAAUUGGCAGAAUAGAUCCAUAUCCUUACCUGCUUCAAUUUUUUUUUUUGGUAGCCUUUCCAAGGGAGUGUGUUUUUGCACACCCACACCCACAUUUUGCUUGAACCAUAAGGUAUCAAAGCAUUUUGUGUGUGCCAUAAAUCUCCCCCCCCCACACACACACUUUUUAAUAGUAAGGUACUAUCAUGUUCAAGAUGUAUUUCUAACCAUGCCGAUCUCCCCAAAUCCAGCUAGAGUUAUCCAUGUAUAGAUGCAGACAUCCAUACACAUAUUUCUAACUGCAUGGGGAAAUAUGGGUGGUUUUCAGGUGCUUAAGAAUUGCCAGUCAAAUUCCUGGUGAUUCUCAGUUCACCUGUUCUUGGGCCUGUGUGUGUAUGUUAAAGAGAUGGGCGGAGAUGAAAAAGAGUAUUUUUUCCUCCUUAGCAUCACAUGCCAGGUCUACUCUUGAGUACAUAUAUUGUUGGAUUGGGGCCAUGACGGACAAGAUGACAGCUGUAUUGUAUGUUUAUGUUGUGAGAAUAUUCGCUCGAAACUGCCAUGACUUCCUGGUCAACACGAACCUGUUCUCUCAUUUCCUUGUUCCAAUGUUAAUUUAUUAUCAUGGGGGUGUCGUAUUUAUAAAGAGGGCAUAAAUUGCAUUGCACUUGAAAGAUGCGAUGGUCUCUUAAACGGUUGGGUUUCGAUACUUUGUAAUAAAAUAAAAUUGCAAUGUUUUAUUAACACUUGUGUAUGGUGAAAACAAACAAGUUUUCAUGGAAGUAAAACUUUUUUGAUAGACCUUUUGCAAGAAAAAAAUUGCACUAAUCAAUGCUUUCUUACUAUGGUGAUAUGAUUUUAAUACUUGAUUACAACUUGUAUUCUGCUGAUCUGGAAUGUUUCAGAAAUAAAGAAAUCUAUUUCAGCAAUCUCAUGCCAUUCUUGGAUGUGC